AUGGCAGAAACAGCAGCAUGGGAUGAACAUUUUGAUGAUCGAUCACGCAAUGGACAACGAGGAACCAAACUCUUCCGGAAUGUUAGUCCUAGCAACAGUAACAACUUCCUCCGACAAAGCAUUCUGCGAGUGUCAGAAAAUAAACGUGCCAAGAAAGUACGAUUCUAUAGAAAUGGAGACCGUUUCUUCCAAGGUCUACUUUACGCUGUAUCGCCAGAACGCUUUAGAACAUUUGAAUCUCUCUUGGCAGAGUUGACACUCAGUCCACUUUGUGACAAAAAUAUUCUUCCAAAUGGAGUGAGGUACAUUUUUAGUGCGGAUACCUCGAAAGUCAUCACCUCUUUGGACCAAAUAGAAGAGGGUGAAAGUUAUAUUUGCGCUUCCACUGCUGCUUUUAAGGACGUCAAAUACAAUAGAACUGGCAGCCAAAAUUGGAAUUGGAAUGUCAAAGCACGUGAGAAUCAAGACCCGACCUCGAUGUUACCGAGUGAUCUGAAUGACGAAGACAAAGCAUUUAUCAAACCCAAAUUAGUGACAGUUAUACGGAAUGGUUCAAAACCACGAAAAGCAGUUCGUAUUUUAUUGAAUAGAAAGACUGCCCAUUCUUUCUCACAAGUGCUGGAUGAUAUCACAAAUGCUAUUAAGUUAGAUUCAGGAACAGUGAAAAGAAUUUUUACUAUUGAUGGCAGACAGGUCACCUGUUUGUCCGAUUUCUUCCAAGAUGACACUAUAUUUAUUGCUUAUGGUGCUGAGAAAUUGUCAGCUGACGAUUUUGAUUUAGAUCAUAAAGAGGUAAGAUUGGUGAGUGGUUAUAAAUCCAGUUUAAGUCAAUCAAGAGAAAGAAUCACUCUCAGAUCUCCAAAAUCACCUCGAAAAUCAUCUUCAUCUCGCAGUCUUCAUGAAGCUGGCCUUGGAUCACCAAACACCUCACGUCAUUCGUCACCAAAAUCACCACGUAAACUCAGAACAGUUUCAGCACCAAAAUACAGAAAUGGCACAGCUAAUGGUAGUUCCAGUCUUCCUAAUUCUCCAAGACUUACCAGAAAAUCAGCAGGCAAAGCUAGACUACCAGAUGAACUAACAGAAAGAUACGAUAUUGGUAUGAUUAUUGGGGAAGGAAAUUUUGCUCACGUCAAAGAAUGUACUGAUAGAUUCAAUAAUAGAAGAUUUGCAUUGAAAGUCAUUGAAAAGAACAAAUGCCAAGGAAAGUGUAUAUAUGAUGUUUGUGGUAAGAUCAGUGUAUAUGAUGUUUGUAGCAAGAUCUGCGUUUAUGAUGUUUGUAGUAAGAUCUGCGUAUAUGAUGUUUGUAGUAAAAUCUGUGUAUACGAUGUUUGUAUAAGAUCUGUGUAUGAUGUUUGUAGUAAGAUCUGUGUAUAUGAUGUUUGUAGUAACAUCUGUGUAUAUGAUGUUUGUAGUAACAUCUGUGUAUAUGAUGUUUGUGGCAAGAUCUAUGUAUAUGAUGUUAGUGUAAGAUCUAUGUAUAUGAUGUUUGUGGUACGAUCUGUUUAUAUUAUGUUUGUAGUAAGAUCUGUUUGUUUAAUGGAAGAGGAGAUGUUACAAAAUGAAGUGGCUAUUUUGAGAAAGGUCAAACAUCCAAACAUUAUUCUAUUAGUAGAAGAAUUUGAAACAAAAGAAAAUGUUUAUUUGGUUAUGGAGUUAGUCAAGGGAGGAGAUCUAUUUGAUGCUAUAUCAAACUCUACUAAAUAUACAGAACAAGAUGCUAGUGGUAUGAUAUAUAAUUUAGCUGGUGCUCUCAAAUAUCUCCAUUCAUUAAACAUCGUACAUAGAGACAUCAAACCUGAAAACCUCUUGGUGUGUGAUCAUGGAGACGAAAGUAAAUCAUUAAAACUAGGAGAUUUUGGUUUAGCAACAGAAGUAAAUGAUGUUUUAUAUACUGUUUGUGGUACACCUACUUACGUAGCUCCAGAAGUACUUGCUGAAUCAGGAUAUGGUGUUAAGAUAGAUAUUUGGUCAGCUGGGGUUAUUACUUAUAUCUUAUUAUGUGGAUUUCCUCCUUUUGUCAGCAAAAAUGACAUUCAAGAAGAACUAUUUGAUCAAAUUUUAGAGGGAAAAUUUGAAUUUAUACAACCAUAUUGGGAUGAUGUCUCCGACUCAGCUAAGGAAUUAAUAUCUAAUAUGUUAGUAAUUGAUCCAGAACAUCGUUAUACAGCUGAACAAGUUUUACAACAUCCUUGGGUAGCAUCGGAUACGGCAAGAGAUGAAGACUUACAUGAUAAUAUUACCAAGAAAUUAAACAGUCAUUUUGACCAGGAUAAAAAGAUAAAAUCUGAUACAGCUGGUAUUAGACUUAUUGCUUCAACAGCAUUAGAUAAAGGAUCAAGAUAUUUUCAAGGUCGUGGUGGGGCCACUUUAACAUUACAUGCUAGAGGUGACAGUCAUUCUGAAGAUGAAGAUGAAAUAUUUUAA